AUGCCAUAUGCAGUAACUUCCUUAUUUCCACUUGCAUUCUUUCCUAUGGCCGGUAUUUUACCUGGAGACGAUAUUACAACAUUGUUCAUUGGCAGUAUGAUACUAGCUCAUGCAAUGGAGCAUGUUCAUCUUCAUCGACGAUUAGCAUUACUUGUACUUAGUAUUGUUGGUUCAUCGAUCAAAUGGAGUAUGGCCGGAUUAAUGGGUGUCACUGCUUUCUUGAGUAUGUGGAUCAAUAAUUCAGCAGCUACCAGUAUCAUGAUACCGGCAGCAAUAGCCAUUAUUGAUGAAGUUGAAAAUUAUGAAAAAAAAGUGCAGCAGGAGCAACAGCAGCAAGCACCAGAAUCUGAACGACAACCGAAAGAAAUUAUACCAAUAGUUACGGCAGGUACUGGACAAUUUACAUUUCAAUCAUCAUUCAAAUAA